ACAAAACCGGACCGCGCACUGUUUGAACUUGUUUCCCAAAAUCAUCGGAUUUCAUUACAUACUGACGGUAGACUGACAUGGCCGGAGAGUUCCUGCCGGCGGCGCAAAUCACGGCGAGUGGCCGGCCGGUGUUGAAGUCCGGCGAGUUCGAGUGCUUCCUCUGCUCGGAAGUUGACCUAUUAUCAGAAGAAUUCCCUGCCUUCCCCCACCUCAAAUCUGGCCUCCUAAUUCUCACUACGCACCGCCUCCUAUGGCUUCCGCCGGACGCCAGCGCGCAUAAGAAUUCAUCGUAUUUUAUCCCACUUUCAUCAAUUCAGCAUAUUCUCUCCACCAAGAAAUCGAUCAAAUCGAUGUUCCACAGCCCGCGGAUCCGGUUCCAGGUUUCCGCUACCCCGGAGGGGAGGGUCAGCGAGAAAGGCGGUCCGAAAUCGUUUGUGAUCAUGUUGAUAGUGAGAGGAAAAGCUGAUGUAGAUUCAUUUGUGGGGAAACUCUGGGAUGCGUGGAGAGGAAGGGCAUGGGAGGCGAGUGGAUCGGCGUCGGCGGAGGAUGCGGAAGGAUCGAGUUCAGGAUCGCUGGCGAUACGGCCGCCGGUGGUGGGAGUGGCCGGGAUUUUGAGGAAGGAGCAGGAAAUGUGGGAAAGUACGGAUAAGAGCUUGCAGGAUGCUUUUCAAGAUUUGAAUGCGCUCAUGAGUAAGGCAAAGGAGAUGGUGAUGUUAGCUGAGAAGAUGCGAUCAAAACUUCUCUCCGGCACAAAUAAUCAAGGCAGUGAAACAAAUGAUGAUGAGAUGGGUACUAAGGAGGAGAUGCAAGAUUGGUUGUUGAGUGUUGGUAUUGUAUCUCCUGUUACAAAGGAGUCUGCUGGUGCAUUAUAUCAUCAACAACUAUCACGUCAGUUGGCAGAUUUUAUCAAGAUACCUUUGGAGAGAGCUGGAGGAAUGAUUAACCUAAUUGAUAUUUACUGCCUUUUCAAUCGAGCACGGGGCACAGAAUUGAUCUCACCUGACGAUUUACUGCAAGCAUGCUCUCUCUGGGAUAAGUUUGACGUCUCGGUGAUGCUUCGGAAAUUUGAUAGUGGUGUUAUGGUGAUCCAAAGUAAAAGCCACAGUGAUGAUGAGGUAUUUGCUAGGAUUGGUUCAUUGAUGAUGAGACCAGAGGCAUUAUUGAAUGGUAUCAGCCCCAGUGAUGCAGCAAUGACUCUGGGGGUUGCUCCAGCUAUGGCUAAGGAAUAUCUUCUUGCAGCCGAAGGAAAAGGAUUGCUUUGCAGGGAUGUCAGUCCUGAUGGCUUUCGCUUUUACGCCAAUUGGUUUCCGGAGAUUAAUUCAGAAGAUAUAUAUUUUGUGAAAGAGCACAGUAGAUAUAGCAUGUGGAUCAGGGCAGUGUCAUCGAGGUGAUGCUGAAUUCCCGGGAAUGGAAGACACCUGCACAAGACAUUUGAGAGACGAUAACCACUAAGCAGACAUGCCAUAUAAUCGAGGUACACUUUAAAGAAAGAUUCGAACACAUUAACAUGGAAAGAGUAGUUCCUAUUUCAUCUUUUUGGUUGAAUGUCCGCAACGGUCAGCUCAUGCUUGAUGGUACUUUGUUCUUGGGAGGGAUCUUUUUCGUCUCAAAGACCACCGCCAUUGUGAUCGUAGCUAGAUUGCAGCAGAGAUAAACUUAACAAAAUUAUAUAUCUUUUCCCUUCGCUGAUUUUUCAGUCCCAUUGUGAUUGUGAUUGUGAUUUUUCUUGCUGGGGUACCUUAUCUGUUUGCUGUUGUGGAAUAGGCAAUCAGAUUUCUUCCUUAUGGUAUGUCACGACAUUUUCUUA